UUUCUCUUCUCGUACGCACUCACAACUCUCCUGCCUCGAUAGCGUUGCGCCCUCUUGGUCAGAUUUCGUCUUGUUUAUCCUUCACUAAGGCGUCCACAUCGCAGGGAGGUCGGCGACGAUGAGAUGAGUCAAAGAGACGAGGACUUUUACAAGCUGCUUGGGGUUGAAAGAGGUGCAUCAUCAUACGAUGUCCGAGCUGCAUAUCUGGCCCAAGCCAAAUUGCAUCAUCCUGAUCGCCUUGCUACAGGCCGCACCUCCGAGUCGGACGCUCGCAUUAGAGCACUGACCCAUGCUUACUCGGUGCUGAGCGACCCUCAAAGCAAAAUCGAUUACGACAUCCAGCUCGACAUUCACCAGACCCUUUGCAAUGCUGCGUCCUCAAAGCGGGCAGAAUCGCGUAUCUCAGCUGUCAUCGAUAUCGAUGCGUUCGAGCUGCUGGAGCAACAAGACGCAGACGUUCUCCAUCCAGCUGCACCGCGCUUUGCGCAUCCAUGCAGGUGCGGCAAUCGCUAUGCCGUCAGAGCUGAUCGGCUCGAACAAGCUAUGGAUUCCACUACGCACGACAUUGCGAAGCAAGGCUUGCUCGUUCAAUGCGACGGCUGCUCGCUAGUGGUCAAAGUCACAUGGUCCGAAGAUGAAGUUCACGACAAGCCAGACUAGGAGAGCAGCAGCGCUUUCGCACCUCCUCGAAUCGCGCUUCAGGAUCGCAAUGUGGGUCCACUCUUGCUCUUCAGGAAGCCACAAAGGCCGGCAGGGCUUUAUCAGUCGUUCGGUCAUCAAGACGCGCACAUUCGAUCCGCUGCAGGGACGUCUCGCUGUGUUGCUGAGGAAAGUCUACCUCAGCAGUUCACUGAUGCUGCGCAGCCGUUCUGGGA